CCCAUACAAAUACACAAUACACACCCACACAGACACUCGACCACUAUAUAUAUAUAUAUAUAUCGAUACACUUGGAAGUCGAAGAAACGAAACCUAACUUCACAGAUAGGCCAUGGCUUCCAUCAAAGACCGCGACAACUUCGUCUACACCGCCAAGCUCGCCGAACAAGCCGAACGCUACGAUGAAAUGGUGGAAUCGAUGAAGACAAUAGCGAAGCUCAAUGUCGAAUUGACUGUUGAGGAGCGAAAUUUGCUUUCCGUUGGGUACAAGAACUUGAUCGGUGCUCGGAGAGCUUCGUGGCGUAUUUUGUCUUCGAUUGAGCAGAAGGAGGAAGCUAAAGGUAAUGAACUGAAUGCAAAGCGGAUCAAGGAGUAUAGGCGCAAGGUUGAGUCCGAAUUGUCGAGCAUUUGCAGUGACAUUAUGAGGGUGAUCGAUGACUAUCUUAUUCCAUCUUCUUCUGCUGGUGAAUCAUCAGUGUUUUUCUAUAAAAUGAAAGGGGAUUACUAUCGCUAUUCGGCGGAGUUUAAGUCUGGUAAGGAGAAGAAGGAGGCCGCUGAUGAGUCACUCAAAGCUUAUCAGGCAGCUACUACUGCAGCAGAGUCUGAUCUAUCUCCUACUCAUCCCAUCCGGCUAGGCUUGGCCUUAAACUUCUCUGUCUUCUACUACGAAAUUAUGAAUUCUCCUGAAAGGGCCUGCCACCUUGCAAAGCAAGCUUUUGAUGAAGCUAUCUCAGAGUUGGAUAGUCUGAGUGAGGAAUGUUAUAAAGAUAGCACAUUAAUCAUGCAGCUCCUUCGGGACAACCUCACUUUGUGGACUUCUGAUAUUACGGAGGAUGGAGAAACCCAGAAGGCAGAUGGCUCUGUUAGACCAGUUGGAGCUGAAGACUGAAGAUGCAGGUUGACUGUCUUGAGGCAUAUCACAUAUAAAUGGGAAGUUGCUGCCCAUUUAACUUGGGUAUUUUUCUUCCCCUAGUCUCAAAAAGGAAAUUCAAAAUUCUGAUAUUGUUGUUUUCCCUAUUUCGUGGUUCUUAAUGUUAGAGUUCUAUGCUUGGACCUUGUUUUCCAUCUGCCAAAAGAAAAAGAAAAGAAGGCAGUUUGUCUCAGUGAUUGAUGUCGAUAAGUAGGAACACUUUGAGCUAUUUGUGAAAGUGUAAAACCUCUGCGAUUGUUAUUGAUUGUGCAACAUCUGCUAUGAAACAUAAUUAGCUGGUUUACUGCAUAUUGUAAACUGGAAAGAUUCAGUGAUUGGUUAACAGGGAGCAAAUGAGUAUUUACAUACCUCUUUCUAA